AUGGGUGGCAAAGCCAAGCCCACCAAGCACACGGCCAAGGAACUCGCUCAGAAGGAGAAGGAUGCCACCUGCAAUCGUGGUGGUGGCUCUGCUGGGUUGAAGGACCGGCAAGGCGGAUCGGUGGGUCACUCCAAGUACAAGUGCAACAUCUGCAUGCAGGCCGCGCCCGACCCGAAGUCGAUGCAGAUGCACUUCGAGUCGAAGCAUCCCAAGGAGGAGUUUUCGCUGGAGAAGUGUACAGACCUCCAUUCGGGAGCUGCUGGCACCACCACAGGGGUCGCUGUGAGAGGUGGCAUCAAGAAGCACCACAACUGA